AUCGCAAUGGGAAACUCUGAGAGCCAGUACAGCCUUCAGGGGCCCAAGGGCACCAGCUUAAUCCUCCCCGGGAAACAAAAACCCUACUCACUAAAGUUCCGCUCAACCAAAGAGGAGGUUAUUUCCCCCCAUACGUGGUGGAAAGGUGGGCUGGGGGGCUCGGGUUACAAAGCCAGGGCUGUUGGCCGAGGCUGCCUCUCCCCCCCGCAGAGGAGAGGAGAGCCGUACGUCUCCAGACACUACGAUUACGUCACCAAGGGUGUGAAGGGUAGUCCAAACUGCCAUCGCUGGCAUGGCUCCCCACCAGGAGGCCACUCACACCUCCCUGCUGAGAAUGGCUGCUGCCCAUUUGAGGGCAGUGGAAGCUUGUACAGUAAAGCAUCAGGGGAGCUGAACGACCAUACUCUGAACGGACACAGGACCCCAGAGAGGAUGCGAGGAGAGGCUGAAGAGGGGCUGGAGGAGCAGAGCAGUCCCAGGGUGGUCAUCAAGAAGGAUGGUAGUCUGAGGGUGGAGUUCACCAACACUAACAGUGGUCUGCCCCUGGACGAGGCCUCUGGGCCGGUGCAGCUGCUCAAAUUCUCCCCCACCCUGGAGUCCACCCCAAGCCUUCCUGGCAGCAGUAGGAGGCCUGAGGCCCACCACGGAGCUCCGCAGCCAGCCUCAACCUCCACCACCAGGACCAGCAAGGGCAGCUCGCUGAGCUCCGAGGGGUCCUGGUACGACUCUCCCUGGGGGCCCAGCGCAGAGCUCUGCGACCAGGACCAGUCCUGCUCCUCCAGUAGGACUAUGGGAAACAGUAGGGCUGACCAAUUGGAGGCCUUCGGCCAACAGUCUCCCCCGGUGUCCAUAUCAGAUCUCUACAGGGACCCCAGUAUGGCUGCCACCUUCCCCACUGCUAAGGAUCUGUCGGCCCAGUACAGGGAAUCCCCCCAUCACAUCCAGCACCGGGCCUCCUUUGUUUCGGCCCUGGACGUGCCUGCUGAGGAGGAGUGUCCGGAGGCCAGGCAGUACUCGUCCUACACCCUGCCCUGCCGUAAGGCCCGGCCCAGCGGAGAGCGCUCCACCCUGAAGAAGGGCUCUGGCGCUGUCAGGAGCCGCAUGCGACGCCUCAGCGACUGGACUGGAAGCCUCAGCAGGAAGAAGAGGAAGACACAGGUGAGUGGGGCUGUCGUCUGGGGUUGUCUGUGUAGGUCAGGGUCCCAGUGCUCAAACAAUGUAAGUGUUUUUUACAGUAACAUUUGUCACAAAGUGUCCCUAAGUACUAACCCCACAAAGAGCAAGCAGAAGCGACAGUGGCAAGGAAAUACGUCCACUGAGGUUCUAAACUGAUGUUGUUCUUCACAGGCUGUAUACAGAUCUAUGAACUAUCUUCAUCGCUUGGUAUGUACAACCAGUAGGUCUACAGCUGUGUUUGCAGUUAGUUCUGUACCCAUAGCAUAUUGCUAGUCUCCAUGUAGUCAACCUGUAGUCUGUAAUAGAGGUACUGCCUUAGAUUUACAUUUGACAUUUUUUGUCAUUUAGCAGACACUCUUAUCCAGAGCGACUUACAGUAGUGAGUGCAUACAUUUUCAUAUUUGUUCAUACCGUGAGAAUCGAACCCACAACCAUGGCAUUGCAAGUGCCAUGCUCUACCAACUGAGCCACACAGGACCCCUUAGCUGCAUGAGGUGUGUCUCCUUUGGAAUUUCCCUUUGAGAUAUGAGUGUCUGCAGCUCCACAGGAGAAUAUGGUUAUUAUGUGGAGUCUCCCAGUGCUUGGCACAGACCAGUGUUCCAACUAUGUUAGUGUCCUGUUAGGGAGGGGGGCAGAGGAAGCAACUCUCUGUCAGAUUCUUGGCUGGGGACUGUUACUGGUUAUCUGGGCCAUGUGCCUCAGCGGUCGGUGUCGUCUCGCCAGGAACACAACGUUGUCCCCGGUCCGAGUACCACAAUACCAGCUGUCUGAGGACAGAAAACCACAGGGUACCGCAAAAUGAAAUGUGCGACGCGGAUGGUGCAUUGUGUAGGGACUAGAGAUGCAGUAGUCUACCGGAGAGUAAAGCAUGAAACAGAGAGAAAGGAUGAGAAGCCAAGGGGUCUGCAGAUUCCAUGACUACGUCUGGGUGGGUACAAGAGAUCAUGUCAGUUUAGUGUUUUUACCAACCUCAUGCUAAUGGGGGGAAUAUGCUAAAUGCCAUGUGUUGGAAGCAUAGCUUGCCAUUGUAGGUCAUUUGCUGUUGAGUGUGAUGGUGUUGGUGUGAUUGGUUGAAACGACAUGUUAUUUACCAGUUUACAGCAGGUCUGUAUGACGUACAGUGUAGGUCAGUGUUGCAGCAUGGGUCAGACAGCUGAGAACUGGACCUGUAAAAUGGCACCAGACUGUUUUGUACAACAUAAGAGGAUAAGAAUAACCAUGACUUGUAUGCCGAAUCACUGGAUAGUGUGUGUUUGUGUAAAUCUGUGUUAUGGUUCUGUAAUAGCUUAUUUAGAGCAUUUAGCCUCAUAAAUGUAAACACCAUAGUCAUAUUUUCUGCAACAAAGUCUAAGUAGGUAAUUGCUAAAAAUGUGCGUUGUUAGAUUUUCCCAAAUUAGCUUCAAAAUGUGGCCCUCUGACUUUGAGUCUUGAAAUCAAACAUUAUGCUCCAAUUCAAUAGCUCUUUUAAACUUGAACACACUUUUCAAACAAUGCCAAGAUAAUUGCUGUAAACCUUUACAAUCUCUGUUGGAGUGAAACUAAGUCCCAGCUGAAGAUUUAGAAACCUUUCCCACUCUUAAUUAUGUGGUUGUCAUGGUGAUUAGAAUUUGGUGGAGCUGCUCUGGCCUCUACUCACCACCCUGUCCUGCUCUCCAGAGAGCCAGUCCAUAGUGUGUACUGUAUGGAUAGGUACUCGUUCAUUAGGGUGUGACCUGUGUUGGCAUGAGGGUCAACUUUGGGGCCAGAGCUUUCACUCUAAAUUACUAGACCUCACUUAAGCCCUAAUAAUCUCCUGCCAUGUGUUGGGUUUGGGAAGAGACUAGACCUAGGACUCUCAGCUUCCCUGAACUAUUGAACUCGUUGACCUUUUCAAUGAGAAGGAGGAGGGCUUGUGAAGGACUGUGAUUGAAGUUGUUCUGGUUCCCAGCGCAGCUUCAUAGGUCCAUGAGAAACUCUCCAACAAACUCUGGUCUAUCAGAUUAACACCCAAACACCCAAACCCCCAUUCUCCUUUCAACUCCACCCCACCUCAAAUAUAUGUCCUCUGUAGGCGUUAGGCAACCCCAGGCUUCAGGACAGAAUAGUUAUGAGCAGAGGGACAUUUUUAGAAAUAAAUGGUCUCUUUCAGUGUUCUGACUCAAACUGUGAAUUCUUCAUGGGCAAAUGUUGGAGCGUGAUGUUUCCAACUGAGCUCUGGAUAGUUUAAUUGGAGCCAUUCAGAGUUUUUAUAGCUUCAUGCUGACAUGUUCACUGGGUCUCUCUGCACUCUGGUGACUGUGGAGUCCAGGGCAGAGCCAGUUCAGGGGCCCACACUGGCCUUGUUCUGCCUCUGUCUGGAGCUCUCCACUGGGUCUCUUGUUUCACCAAGGCCACUUAAUCACCCCCUGCUUCCAAUUGGCUCAUUGAACCAUAUAUCACAGCAUCGCAGCCCCUUUUCAAUGAGUCAACCCAAAUCAGGACUAAUUACAGCUCUCGUUCCACUCCACCUGGGCUCCAGAGCUCAGCUGUGGUUUAGGGUCGCACUGUACUCUCCAAGCCAGCCUCUCAGGUCCAGUCCAGGUCCUAAUGAGAAACAGCUGGGGAAGAGGGGGAGGAGAGAUUAGGGUAGACUGAUGGAAGAAAGGGAGACACGGGGUGACAGACUGACAGACAGGGGAGGAAGGGGGUGUAGAUUGGGCGAGAGACUGAGGAAGGGUCGCUGGGGAAGGGCAUCGGAACACUGUUUGUGUUUGAAGUGCACUCAACCCCUGUUGCCAGGGGAGACUAGAUGCUGCAAUCUAUUGGAGUGCAGGUGGGCUUUCAUUACCCUUGAAAGAGAAAGAGUUCAAUCCCAUGAAGUAGUGGUCUACUGGGAUCAGGAAACCAGGGUGCCCUCGCUGACUCAAUUAAAUUGUCUCAGUCUCAAGAACUUUAGUCGCCUGGGUGCCAGGCUCAGGAAUUUAAGUGUUUUUGUUGUUAUUUGUUGUGGGACUCCUUAGUCUCUCACCUCAUCCCACCCUCUCUCCCUACACUCUCCUCACCCUCUCACCUCAUCCCAUCCUCUCCCUACCCCUCACCCCGCACCCGCGCACCCCACCCUCCCGCACCCUCGCACCGGUCAACCCCCCCACCCCGAGCCCACCCCUCACCCUACCCUCACCACCCUCAACCUCAGCCCACAGCGCACCCUACAACCCACCCGGCACCACCCACCGCCACUCGCGCACCCGCUCCACCGCACCUAGCCACACCAGCCGCACCCCCUCACCCUAACCCGACCCUCUCUCCGACCCUUCCUCACCCUCUCCCACCCACCCUUCCCUACCCUCUCCUCACCCUCUCACCUCAACCCACCCUCUCUCCCUACCCUCCACUCACCCUCUCACUUCGUCCCUCUCUUCACCCUCUUCUCCUCUCUAUGCCCUUCCAGGAGCCCAGGUAUAAGGACGGCAGCGAGGCCUUUGACAGUGGAGUGGAUGGCCUGACAGCUGACACCAGCUCUCCCUCCCAGGUAUCCAGCCUGUGGUACCCUGGCGGUGUGGGGGCCUCCCGGGCCCAGUCGGCAGGGGCCCUCCACCACAGCAACGAUGCCCUUCGCCAGAACAUCUAUGAGAACUUCAUGCGGGAACUGGAGACUGGACAGGGCAGUAGUGGAGGAGGAGGGGGAGCUGGUGAAAGGAGAGACCCGUCUACGGGGACAGAAGAGGGGGAGAGCAGCAGUGAAUCUGCGGGGGGCUCUCUGGAGCAGCUGGACCUGCUGUUUGAGAAGGAGCAGGGGGUGGUGCGCAGGGCUGGUUGGCUCUCCUUCAAACCCCUCCUCACCCUGCAUAAGGACAGGAAGCUGGAGAUGGUCACACGAAGGAAGUGGAAACAGUACUGGGUCACCCUGAAAGGUGAGUAGGGGUGGGUGAGCAGAGGGAAACAGGGAUUGGGACAUUGCCAUCUAAGGUCCAGUCGUUCAGAAUUUAAUUGGACCUUGAAUACCUCACUGAAGUCGAGUCGAGCUUGAUGCUCUCUAGGUUGGGUCACAUUGAAAUGUGAGUUUAAGGUGUGAGGAAGAGUAGAGGACAACAGAAGGUCAGAGAGUAUUCAAUUCUCAUGUCCAGUCGAUAUGACCACUGUAUCAUGGAAUACAUCAACUGAAAUUUAAUUUACGCUGGUAGACAGAGGGGAAGGACAGUUUCCAACUUUAAAUCACAUUAAAGUUCAAGUAAAACUCUCCUAGAGAGAGUCCAGACGUAUCACUUAAGUGAGGGAGGCAGCUUCAUGUGGUUUCUGUAGGAGACUAGUCCACCUCCUUUACUUAGCCUGUGCAUUACAUUUACCAUAGACUGAUUCUUCACUACCCUAAAAGCUUACAGGGAAUUAUACUGGUGUAUUUAUCUGCUAAAUGGAUAAACCUCAGGCCAGGUGUGUGUGUAGAUGUGGACCCUCAGCCUUCUUUCCACUUUACUGUAAAAUGACAGAGACAAUUAAAUGACAGUUUGAGGUCAUUCUUCUGAGGUGUGUUCUUCCUCCCUCUAACAACCAACCUCUUCCUCUCCCUGCAGGUUGUACCUUGUUGUUCUAUGAGACCUAUGGGAAGGGUUCUCCAGAGCAGGAGCUGUCUCCACGCUACGCCCUGUUUGCAGAGGACAGUAUCGUCCAGGCCGUUCCUGAACACCCCAAGAAGGAGAACGUCUUCUGUCUCAGCAACACCUACGGAGAUGUCUACCUAUUCCAGGUGAGGCGGUCCGACUUACCUCACUCUCCAAACUGAACAAAGUACUGUAGAUGCCAACAGUAGUUACCCCAAUUGACGGAGAUGCUGUAUAUACUUAACUGUCUCUUCUGAAAGAAAUUCCAUGUGUUUUGUAUACAUACAGUAAGUGUCCAUGUGCUCACAGAGGUCACACUACAACUGUUUGAACUGCAUUGCUCAGUCCAGCUGGUCACUCCUCCAUUUUACUGCCUGCGUGGCGUUAGCUCCCUGAACGCGUUGUGUGUUGACGGUCUGAUUUCCCCCGUCACGCUGCUUGGCUCCCUGUCAAGCUGUGUUCCAGCCAAUUCAACACACAAUUAAGGAGCAGAAGCUGUUACUUAGUGGGGAAUGUUUUGUGAACCCGGAAAGGAAAGUGUGUCCUGUGCUGCUGUGGCAGCUAGCCUGGUUUGAUAGCCUCUUCCUGCUUGGUCAGUUAAGCGGAACGUGUUCUGGUGACGUGUCCACAGUGGUGUAGUCUGCUGUUAGAUUACACUGACUGUGUCCGACUGUGUCAUUUUGGGAUUAACAUGGGUAACCGGGAUUCCGGGACUGUCCCGGGAACACUCUUCACAUUUCCCUAAAGAAUAAAAGGACAAGACCCGGGAAAUAAAAUGUUCCCCCAAUGUCGGAACUAAUGCAAUUCCAGAAAAUACACAACAUGCGCAGCAUCAGAUUAUCAAAACAGGUUGUUUCGUGGAAGCCUUUAGUGUAGCGUAUUUACAUCACACAAAGUCGCCAUAAAUUCAAAGCACACGCAUAAUUGACACUGCACAUGCGACCAUAAUGCAGUUAAUAAACCCUACAGGAAACCCCUACAGUAUAGCCUAAAAAUAGCGUGUGCCUCUUUGAGCUGACAUUGUGACUCUUCAGAUUUUUGAUAGGCCUAUGCACAAUUCACUACAUAGGCAUCUCUGUCAGACAUGAAGUCUGUUAACAAGUCAGAGGCAUCAGGGAACAUUAUAUAUUCUCCUGUCCUAGAGCCUAGGCUAUUUUCCUAUCCAGUCCCAAUUCCACUGAAGCCCCAAAUCCUGACUCCUGUCUCAUAUGAAAAUUCCUAACUUUAUUCUGUAAUCCAUAGGUUGUAUUAUCAAAGCACGUCUCUUGCCUCAAUAACAUUUCCCCCACUUCUCUGCACUGUCUCGUACUAGCUGCCAAUAUGAGAGCUUCAGUGAAGAAUGUGUGAUCAACAUACAGUAUGAGAGUAGAUAUGGAUAUAUUUUUUAAACAGAGUUGGUCCCCGUUAAGAUAGCUUGAUAUUUAAACUACUUCCACUCUUCAUCUCCCUGUUAUUAAUCAGCUGAUCUGUUAUCUGUAUAAUCAUCAACUAGAUUUUGCCAAAUUGAAGGAGGUUAUCUAGCAAGCUUAGCAACUUUGGUCAUUUGACUUUUUUUGACUGUCGUUACAAAGUUUGUAUGAUUCCACAGCGUUAUACUCGGGAUGCGCUCUGUGCGUCCUGAGCGCGCUCUGUGUCGAGAUAACCUACGGCUGAAUUAAUUGAGGAACAUGACAAUGCUCAGAAUUUAUGAAUGGCCUGUUUCGCAAUUCACAACAAUGUCAUUGGCGAUCAAAGAUAGUUACUCUAUAAUGACUAAAUAUAAUUUAAUUUGCUCUGAAAUCUUUACAUAGUUGCGCAGCCAAGUCGAGAAGGUGGUGCAGCGCCCCUCUUGUUUGGAGAGAAAUCUGGCAUAGUGACCAUAUCUUGGUUUUAAAAGCUGUAAAUGUGUACUGCUGAUUUUUUGCUGUAUUUCCCGGGACUCUCUGGAUAAAUAUGAAUUAUUCCCGGUAUUGAAACUUGGUAGCUUUUCAGGGAAAUAGUUAUCCCUAGAGUCAGCUAAACAAUAGUGAACAAACACAAUAUUCAGCAUAUUCAGGCUGUACAGUAGUGGAUGGAGAUGUUUUACAAAUAUAGUCAUGCACACUCACACACACUUGUUGUGUAUUUUUGCACUGUAUAAUCGAGUAGAUCAAGUUAAUGAUUAUAGCUCGUAAAUGAUUAUAAGGAGAAGAUUUAAACUCCAGCUGGAGGGUUUCUGUUUGUGUUCAUAUUUUGAUUAUCAUCUGACUCGCUGACCUUAUUUUCACUGUUUGAUACAGAGAUUCUUGAGGCCUUGACUUGCCCUCUGUAGUUUUCCCCUCUCACAUUUACGAGCUUUUCUGAGUGUAUCGCAUGAAAUCCCAGUUGUGGUGUUCGGAGUAAAUCUAAUAAAAUGGUGAAGUGGACUUAACAUCACUAGAGAGUCUAAAGAGGUCAGGAAACCACUGACGGUAUAAACUGGAGCACUAUAAAACCCUGUGGUCUGUGUUCUCUCUCAUUGUGUCCUACACGAGUCACUCCUCCCUCAUAUUCCUGAUAAUUUAAUUGUUUUGUUAAGGUAUAUUAUCCUUUCAAGAUUGACUGUAUUGACUGUGAAAUUACGUAAUAGCGUAUAGAUUGGGGAAAUCUGGUAUUGUGAUGAUAUGCCAUGAGGAGGCUAGGAACACAAUAUGCGUUAGAGCUGUCAAUCAUCCGGAUAUAUAGAGCCCAACCCUUAACAUGUCGUUCAUGACGUCACGAUCAUCGCUGCGUCUUGCAAGUGUUCAUACCAUCUCAUAAACCAUUAAAGAACAAAUUAUUUUACAGUAAUAAUCUAGUUUGACCAUUUAUGGUCUAAUCUCAAACCUCCAUCAUCUAAUGUCCUACCUUCACCUCUGUGUGUUCAGGCCAGCAACCAGACAGACAUGGAGAACUGGGUGACAGCCAUCCACUCUGCCAGUGCCUCUCUGUUCGCUAAGCGUCAUGGGAAGGAGGACACAGUACGUCUGCUAAGGAGCCAAAUCAGAGGCCUGCUGCAAAAGGUAGACAUGGAUGGUAAGAUGAAGAAGAUGGCUGAGCUGCAGCUGUCCAUCGUCAGUGACCCUAAGAACAGGAAGGCCAUCGAGAACCAGGUGAGGAGGAUGAUUAUGAUGAGGAUCAGAGGUUGUUAUAGUGAUAGUGUUGUGGUGUGUCACAUGGAAGUAUUGGUUAGUGUCCCUGAAAGAAAAACACGUUUUUGUUUUAAUGUCCUGUUGUUCUGUUCUGUUAAGUGUGUUUGUUAGGAAUCUAGCAGCCCUAAAAAUACUUGAAUCACACCAUGCGACUAAAACCCCAUGUCUUAUUUUUGGAAGUGGUCUAAAUGUAGCUAGUGGCCGUCAAAACACAAUACUUAGGGGAGAGAAGAGGCAGGCUGCUUCUUCCCAUUGCAUCAGAUUGGGAAUCCAGAUGUUGUUCUGUAUAAUGGCCUCUCAACAUGCAUUAUCCCCUGUAACAGCCUGCCUGAGGAGAAAAACCAGAACCAAUCACUGAUUCUCACCACAGCUAAAAGUGUCCUGUACAUGUAAUGUAGUGAGCCAUGGAGAUGGCUAAAGAUUAGUUUAUCAACUCCCCACCUACUUAAGAGUAGAUGUCAGAUUUAUAGUGAAUCUACCUCCACUGCAAGACAUGAAAGCUCAACAUCUGAAAGCGCACAUUUUUCUAAUAAUCUUAUCAAUGAGGUAACAUUGCUGUGAAAAAGAUGAAUGGCUCAUGGGAAUGACCUGGAGGGCAGUCCCUGUCUUCCAGACUGACUUAGUGUCUGUUUCAUGUUAGCUAUCACGGCACCUCGGGACAGAGAGACAUAGCAGUCUGGAGCCAGUGAUGGGGUCAGAGGGGAAAGGGCGGGGUUAGGCCCCGAGACGGGCACCCACGGCUGAUGAUGGAUUUGGGGGGGUUGGAGGGCAGGGGGUGCUACAAGGGGCACAUUGAUGUCUACCCUCCCCCUUCUCAAAAUCAGUGCCAGCAGACAUUUUUGAACUCUCUCUAUUCCCCCUCCAUAGUGAAGUCAUAAUCAGGUUGCCAUUUACAACCAUUAAGAGAUAGAGGGGGCAGAUGUUGGAGAGGAAAGUCAAAGGAGGCUGUAUCUCUAAGGAAAGGCCCAUUCCUGCCUCUUUUAAUGGGCCUGAAAUGGGAGUAAAUAGAGACUAAGUAGGAUUGCUCUAAGGCCAGAUGGGUGCAAUAUGCCGUCACUGCGAUGAUAGUGUCUCUCUGCCUUAGUGCAGGUUUGCCAGCGGUACAGAGGCAUACACACACGCAUACCUCUCUCUUAGUCUUAAUCUGAUAAUGGCCAUGCUUCUUUGAUAUGAUGAAGGAUUAACAUUGCCUGACAGAAUGUAAAAUAAGAUGUAAUCGAUCAGACAUGGGUUUGAGUGUGGCGCUUCCAUUUGUGGCUAUGCAGUGUCCAAUAUUAAACGGUAUCAGCUAUCAAACCCUAAUCCACCUGUCUCCCCAUUGUAUCCUCUCCUGUCCCCCAGAAUACACCAUUGUUAUGGCUUUAGAGAAGCCAUGGGGAUACAGGGUUAUCGCUGCAGAUUUACCAAGCAUGACGCUUAGGACAACUAACACAGCUCUGCCCAGACUCUGACCCUGGGAUGACACUAUAUGAAUGACACAUGACCAUGCACUAGAUGUCUGCACACUGGCUCACAUUGGCUCCUGAAGGGCAUAUGUUGAUAAUGUCAUUGGGUUUAACCUUUACGUGUGUUAGCUCUGUCUGAACACACAGCAUUGUGCAGCAGGCUCAUUGUUGGUCUUUACAGUCCUGUUGUUGUGAUGGUGGAAUGUUCUAGGCUCAGACUGCUCCCCUCCCCAAGUCAUUCCCAACCAUGAAGAAUUCCAUCAAUGUGAAUCAGUCUUCAUGGGAGGACUCCAUCCUGUUCUGUAUUGUAAAUUAACUCUCUUCAGACCAACACUAUUAAAGUCAAUUGUAUAGAGAGUCGUUUAACUCCAGUUUUCUCGUUAAAGUGAACCUCCCAAGCUAACAAAAUAAGCACCCUCUCUCACCCUCUCAUACUUUACAUAGUGCGAAAAGGGCAUGUGUUCAUUCUCUGUGCGUGUGUUUGUUGGUGAGUGUGCUGUGUGUGUAUUUAGGGGGAAGGGUUAUAGGGUGGUCUGGUGCUCGUCAACUCCCUUCCAUGACUUUUAUUGCAGAGAAUAAGAGAGACUGCAUUAAACACACACACACACACACACACACACACACACACACACACACACACACUCUACAACCCUCCCUCACUAUCAUCAACCUUAAUGCCCUGCCCUCACCCAGCAGCAGCUUGUGCAUACCCCCCCCACCACCACAUCUGUAAGCAAUCCCAGUUUGAUGGAAUGCACCCUUAACUAUCUCCCCGAUCUCCCCUCUCUGCCUUUCCCUCCCUCCCUCUUCUCACCCCUCCAACUGUCCCUCUCUCCCUCAUCACCCCUCCUCAUUCCCUCCCUCCCUACAGAUCCAGCAGUGGGAGCAGAACCUGGAGAAGUUUAACAUGGACCUGUUCAGGAUGCGCUGUUACCUGGCCAGCCUGCAGGGGGGCGAGCUGCCCAACCCCAAGAGUCUGUUAGCUGCAGCCAGCCGGCCCUCCAAGACCACCCUGGGACGCCUGGGCAUCUUCUCUGUGUCCUCCUUCCACGCGCUGGUGAGACCCUUCAUAUGGCAGGUUGAGGGGUAGGGCUGUCUAUCCAAAUUAUAUAGAAAGUACUCUAGUUGACCAGAGUUUGUAGUUUUGAAGUCUGGUCUGGAAUGAAAGGUUUUCUACAGUAGCUAAAGAUGUUCAGUUAAGGUGUAAACUCUCAAAGGUAACCCUUUGACACACACAUUGAUUGAGUAUUGCUAUAGGAGACUGAAGUUGAAGCAGGUUGAUUGAUGUAAGUCUAACUGCUGCGUUUGAUCCUAGUCCUGACGGUGUGUUAUGUCGUCAGAUCUGUUCCAGGGAUGAGGCGACAAUGAGGAGGCGCUCCAUGUCCCUGAGCCAGAGAUCACGUAACAAGAGAGGCCUCUUCUCCUCCCUCAAAGGCCUCGACAACCUCACCAAGAGGGGCCGCGACAAGAGACCGUCCACAGAACAGGUACAGUACCUGGACACACUGAACACACACAGACUCCCACACUGGCCC